UGUUACAUGCGUAGAGAUUAGAUGUUUGACAUGUGUUUGGCUUUAUUAUUGAUCUGUUGAGUUCAGUUUGCUAAUAUAACAACAUAGGCCCUUCCAGAAAUAGUUAAAAUACAGUUACGGGAAUGCAAAUUUUGCAUAUGGUUCUCAUCAGUUUCAUUAUUAUUGAGAGUCAGAAUGUCCAAUGUAUUUUAAACAUUUGAAAAUGAUAGUGAAGUGCUUCAGAUAUUUCAAAUGUGUGUCCCUUCAAAACAGACUGGAUAUUAAAUCUAUAUGAUGGAUUAUGAAUUGGAAGACGAAUUCAAUACCACUACAACAGAGCAAAUAUUUCACAACAACGUUCGAGAGCAAAUAAUAUUCUUGCUGCUGUUUCUUGCCCUUUACCUGGCCAGUUUUGUAAUUUUAGGAAAAUUUAAAAGAAAAGAGAAACUAGACUACUAUAGCUGUGAUGAAGAUGAGAUUACUGUGUACAGAAUCAGCACUUGGUUAUGCACAUUUUCCUUGGCUGUUUCUAUAGGAUCUGUCUUGCUACUUCCCAUAUCCAUAAUAUCUAAUGAGGUGCUCGUAAAUUAUGCAGAUUGUUACUAUAUUAAAUGGUUGAACUCCUCAUUAAUUCAAGGACUUUGGAACUAUGUAUUUUUAUUUUCCAAUUUGUCCAUGUUUGUUUUUCUCCCGUUUGCUUAUUUGUUCACCGAAUCUGAGGGAUUUUUGGGCCAUCGCAAAGGCCUAUGGGCCAGAGUCUAUGAGACCUUUAUAGUACUCGUUCUUUUGGCAAUAGUAGUGCUUGGAAUGACGUAUGUUCUUUCUGCGUUGUUUAAUGAUGAAGAAGCCACAAUUGUUCCUAUUUUUAACUUAUGGAUGUACCUGCCAUUUUUAUACUCUUGCAUAUCUUUUAUAGGAGCCCUAAUUUUAUUGGUUUGCACGCCAUUGGGGUUUGUUCGCCUUUUCGAUGUCGUUGGGAAAUUUUUGAUAAAACCCCAAUUUCUUCAUGAUAUAAAUGAAGAAUAUUUAGCCUGUGUUAUGGAGGAAGAAUGUUUAAUCAAACGACUGGGGCAAGCAAAGAAUAAUGGUGUCUAUCAUGUGAGAACUCCGAUAUCGAUGGAGAGUGGAAGUACACAAGAUGAUGAUUAUAAAUCAAAUCACAUCAAUAUUCGCAUGCGCAAUGUGGACGUGCGGAGCACAUUAGGAUAUCAAAUAUCAGAAAUUGAAGAGAAAGGAAAACUUUUAGAUAAACAGAGAAAAACGUCUUCGCUGAGAAGAAAUGUUGCUUAUCCAUUUGCCAUGUUGCUCUUAAUUGGGCUCACUGUGAUUGCUGUUCUUUUAGUAGGGCAGAAUAUUCUUUCAAUGCUGAUAGGCAUUAGAGCUUUGCCAAUUAGUUCAAAACAAUUUACUUUAGGUGUAAACUCUUUGUUCAAAUUGGGACCUUUUGGAGCCGGACUGGAGAUCAUCAUGAUAGUGUAUUUUAUUGCCACUUCUUCGAUAGGUCUUUACACUAGUUCCUGUAUGAAAAAUAUUAGGCCAGUUAUUAAGCGAACGUCGUUUACUCUUAUUAUAGCCAACUGUGCAUUGUUACUUAUGAUCAGUUCAGCCUUCCCAUUGUUGUCGAAAACUUUAGGAAUAACUAAUUUUGAUCUUCUGGGCGACUUUGGCAGCGUUGAAUGGUUGGGAAACUUUAAAAUCGUGCUACUAUACAAUAUUUUAUUUGCAGCAGCCGCAUCACUUUGCAUAGUUCACAAAUUUACUGCCAAAGUACGAAGAGAACUGUACGCUCGGUUAGUAGAAAAUUAUCUAUAUAUUUCUAACUGUGCUUCAUUUCUUAACUGACUAUAACUAACUAUCGAAAUAGCAUUGCUUGAUGCGUUUUAAUACACAUUCGCUUGCAUCAUUGGAACUUGAGUUAUACUUACCGUUUUAUAAUACUCACAUGAUUGAUUAUACAUUUUCGGAUAAGUUGUUUGUGGCAAUGAGCAGAAAACUUUUGGAAUAUGAAGACAAUACAUUGCGAACUUAAUGCAUUAUAUUUAAGAUAUAGUUAUUUAUGUUGAUACUUCAGUUACUGUUAGUCAUACAGCCAAAUUUAUCACGACUGUGAUAAACCAAAAUUAAGUUUUUCAGGAAAUAUUAUAAUGGACUUAAACAAGUGUAAAAUUAAUGUUUUUAAUAAGCGAUAACAUACAUCUUGAUGAACAAUAAACUAUUUUCAACCUAAAACAAUCAAUCGUAAAAAAGCAGUAGGUAUUUCUUAAGCUCCUAUUAUUCUUUUUCAUAAGGCUCGUCAUAGAAUAGAUAAGACUGAUUAGAAGAAUAACGCGCAGUUAAGUAAAUAAGGUAUUACCUACUAUGGAGGAGAAAAUGUGAAAGUAUUCUUUUUUACAAUUCUAUGUAAUUGAAAUUACUAUCUUGGUAGAAUAAAUUUACGGUAGAAGUUUUCAAGUAACCGCUAAUUUUUGAUCGCUCAACAUCAGCCGAUCUUAACUUCGUUAUGUGAGUAAGUUGCAGUAAGAAAAUUACUAACAGUAUAUAAACAUAUUAUUUUCAUAUGCAUUGAUUUCAUAUACUGUGAUGUAUAAUGCAGAGAGCACUAAACAACAUUUGCUGUACAUGAAUACGUUUUGCAAUUAACAUUGUGAUCAUACAAUAUUAUUUCGUUUUAUACUCUUAGAAUUUUAAUUUUGUGCUUUAAUUGCAAAGCUUGAUGAUUUUGAAGAGGCAUGACCCCCUGACGGCAUCUGUUGCAAAUUCAUCAAGCCCGUCGUUUUUGCUAAAAGUUGACUAGGGAUUCUAUUAAGUUUUGUUAUUUAAAAUUCCGAAAAGUUUGAGAUUCAGCAAACCGGAGCCAAAGACUUUUUUUACCAAAUGCUUGUUAUUUUUUGUGUGAUAGCUUGUUAUACCUGUUAGUUAAGUACUCCGGUUUAUCACAUUUUUAAGUAGAAUAUUUAUUUACUUGUGUUCCGAGCUUGUUACAUACUAUUGCUCAAUUACUUCUCGUUGAAUUGUUUAUUAGACGUAUAUUUAGAUACCAGUUCUAUUAUUAUAUAAUACUGGCACAAUUAUUGCAGCCGUAAAAUCGUUAUAAGAUUUUUUCUAUUUAUUUUUUCAGUUUUUGUUGAGAAAUUAGAAGUCUGAUCAAAAUACGAUAAAUUAAUAUGUCAACCUAAA